CUCGCAAAAACUCACGAGGGUGACCUGUCACAAACGACGAUGGCUGCCGCUAAGUUAUCAUCAGAUAUUUUAGAAAUAAUAUUUUCAUAUUUGAGCAUAUCCGAUCUUAGGAACUGUUCACUUGUGUGUAAACCCUGGUACAAAUAUUUAAACGAUGAAGAUAACGAUGUGUGGCGAUUUCAUUGUGUGAGAAAACUAGCCGAGGAGGCAUUAAAAUCUGACUUACUGAAAAACGUUCCAACGUAUAAAGCAAAGCUUCGAGCAUUUUACCAUGCAUGGAACCCUAAUGAUUGUUCAAAAAACAUGUACGUUAAAUCCAAUGGGUUCUCGGUGCAUCGGAACCCCAUCGCACAAAGCACGGACGGUGCACGGGGUAAAAUAGGUUUCCGGUCGGGCCGGCAUUGCUGGGAGGUGUGGUGGGAGGGGCCACUGGGAACAAUCGCAAUGAUCGGACUUGCCACAAAGUAUGCUCCUCUUUAUUGUCAUGGAUAUGUAGGAUUACUCGGUGGGAACGACCAAACAUGGGGAUGGAACUUGGUGGACAAUUUCCUACUACACAAUGGGGAUAGCCAGGGAAAUUAUCCCACAGUGAACAAUGCACCAAAAUAUCAGGUUGGAGAAAGAAUACGAGUGAUACUGGACUGUGAAGACAAUACAUUAGCAUUUGAAAAGAAUUAUGAAUUUUUAGGUGUAGCUUUCCGUGGAUUACCCGACACCCCCCUUUAUCCUUCCGUGUCAGCAGUCUAUGGAAAUACCGAGAUCUCAAUGGUUUAUCUAGGUCCUCCACUUGACGGAUAACAUUAGCCUCACCCCCCUAGCACAACUAACCAAUGCGAGUGGAUGUAAGGAUUUGUUCAAGGCCUACAGGGAGAUUCACGUCUCUGUUGAAAAGAGGCUGUGCAUUUCAUGAACAUCAUAUAGGUAGCUUGGAUAUUACUGUGAGGCCUACGUCAGAAGCAGUGAUGAGAAUUGUGCAAGUUUAAACCGAGAUUUCCAUGUUACUUUUGCUGGACCAAAAGUAGUGAAUAUAUUAUAUAAUUAUCCAAUCUGUGCGUUUACAUUAUUGCUGCUGAACAAAGAGUGGAUAAUAACCCAGAUGAGUGCUUACAUCAAUCUGAGUGUGAAUACAUGUGUAUGUGUGUGUAAAUGUUGAUAUGUAGUGUAUAAGCAUGUGUUUUUGUGUCUUGACCGAUUUUUUUAAAUUGAUUGUUAUUUUGAGCUGUGUUGUAGCAGUAUAAACAAUAUCCAUUUUUAAAAAUCUCCUUCAUAUCCUGAUGCUCAAACUCUGUAAUCAUGUUUUAUUUAUUAUUAAGAUAAUGCAAAAUGGAAAACAGUAAAAAAAAAAAUAAGAAAGAAAAAAGAUUUAUGAUCACUUGUUGCUUACCUUAGAUUUAAAAAAAAAAAACCCAGAAUAAUCAUGUCAGUAGAUAAAGAAAGGAUAGUAGUUUGCUUCAGAAUAAUGCAUUCUUUUCAGUUGCUUCAAGUUUUUUAAGUGCUGAACAAAUUUUUCCAAUUGCUUGUAGUGAAAUACUUGUCUGAAAAAAAAUUCAUUUGAAAAUUAAGCAAAAACGAAAACCAAUUUGAAUGCCUAAGGAGUUAUCCUUCUCGAUGUUCAGUCCUUUUUAAAGGCACAUUGGAACAAUUUAAAAUGUUGCUAUGAUUGAUAAAAACUACACAUAAAUGGUAUUUUUGAAUACUAUAAUAAGUAGACAUUGUAAAGUUCUAUGAUUUGUAAAACAAGUUAUUACUGGUACAAGUAUUCUAUAAAUACCCAUUCAUAGUUGUUUUGUUCCAAAAUUCAAUUUAAUUUUGUAGAAAAAAAAAUGUGAUUGUUAGAUCUAAACAAAUUUGGAAAUUUUUUAUUUACAAUAAGUUUCUGGCCAUUAAGUUUGUUCCAUUAAGGAUCCAUAUUUUUCUUCAAUAGACCACUGUUACAAGGAAUAAUAAGUUUUUUACCAAAUAUGCUAAAAGAAAAAAAAUGGUUUUGAUGAUAGUUUGGCUGCAUUUGAAAAUAGGAAAGCUGAAAUUAAAUCUCACAACUUUUCAAUCCCACUCAAAUAUCACAAAUGCAUUGUUGUUUAAGUUGGUUACCACCCUUUUUCUACACAUAUUUUCUACGUCCCAAUUCUGUGCACUGACGUUUCAAUCAGCCCCAAUUAAUUUUUCGUACAUUUAUCUAUUCACUUAUUUUGAAGAAAGAAAAUAUUGCAAAACAUUGCAAAGAGCUGUUUUAGUGCUAAAUGCAUAUGGGGAAAAGUGGUAAUCAAAAAGUAAUUGUAAAAACAUUUCAGAUAUAGAUUUUUAUUACAGAAUAAGAAAUAGAAAAUUUUUAAAAAAUAUUUGAUAUAUAUAUGCACAAAUAUAUUUAUCGGUAAUAGAUACUUUUCUUAUGUAGGACUGGCAAAUCUUGAAUAUUCAUAAGAAAAAAUGCAUGGAGAAUUGUAAUAGAAAAAGCAGUAGAUACUGUUUAAUAAGAUCAUUUUCUUACAUAUAUGUUAAAACACAUUAGGAAAUAUUGUUAAAGAUCAUUUUCUUACAUUAGGAAAUUGUAUUUACUCAAACAUGUCAAACUUUGCAGCUAAGCUGAACUGUUGUUUUAAAAGAAAUUUUUAAUCAUUACAUAAAAUUAAUAUAUUCUUCCCUACAUUUUCAGAAAGACAUUCAUGUGAGUUAUUAUUUUCGUUUCCUUUCUGGUGGCUAUUUUAUAGUGCUAUAUACAUGAUCUUCAUUUUUGUUUAUAAAUGUGCUGGAUCAUGUCAAUAUGCUGAACAUGUGUGUAAUUUUUUUUUUUACAUGUUUUAGCCCUCGACAAUUAUAGAUGUACAUGUAUAUGUAAACGGUGCGAAUGAGAAAUUGAUGACUGCCCAGUGCAUAUAUAUGUAUACGUGUGUAGCAAUUUAAAUGAGUGGAUAUGAAUGAAUUGAUGGAUGAUUGAGAAGAAUAAAUGAUUAGAAAGAAGGAAUAAACGUCAGGUAAAAGUUAUGAUGUCAGGCAUAUAAUGGUACAACUUUGUAUUGUAUACAGUAUGUGAAGACAUUGUACUAUUCUAUGAAGUUUUGAAUAAAUUUCUCAAUAAAUUUUAAUAGAAA